AUGACGUCUAAAACUGAUAAUCCUCCACCCUACGAGGAUGCACUGCACCAUCCUAAGUAUGGAAACUACCCCCACCAGCCACAGCGUGGCUCCCCUCAUCCACCACCUCCGUCUUACAGCCCCAGUCCGGGCAUGUACCCAGGCGUCUACCCGCCAGCUGGGAUGUGGGCAGCCUCUGGCUUCUCUGCAUCUGGGAUGCCGACCACAAUACCGACUCUGUCUGCUGGAGUGCCUCCAUCCAACCAAGGAGACAUGGACGAUCUUCUGAGCACCCAGUGGGAGAGCACAUCUGUUCGGCAUGCCUUCAUUAGAAAGGUUUACUUAAUUUUAACGGCACAGCUUGCCGUCACCUUUUCAGUUGUUGCUGUCUUUACAUUUGUGGACCCAGUGAGGCUAUUCGUCAUCAAAUACCCGGGCAUCUACUGGGCAUCUUUUGUGGUCUAUUUUAUGGUUUACUGCAUUCUCGUCUGCUGCAAAGAGCCGAGGAGGCGUUUCCCAUGGAACCUUUUACUGCUGGGAAUAUUUACUCUCGCCUUGUCUUACAUGUCUGGGACAAUUUCGAGCUAUUAUGAAACAAAGGCAGUGUUUCUCGCCAUGGGAAUAACCGCAUUAGUUUGCAUAGCUGUUACGAUCUUCUGCUUCCAAACCAAGGUGGACUUCACCUCCUGCGGGGGACUUCUCUGCAUCUCCUCCGUUGUGCUCAUGAUCAUUGGGAUCGUUACAGCUGUCGUCCUCUCCUUCCAAUAUGUCCCGUGGCUGCAUAUGCUCUACGCCGCAAUCGGAGCCAUCGUUUACACUCUGUUUUUAGUAUACAACACCCAGCUUCUUAUUGGAAAUCGGGAGUCGGCCAUCAGCCCAGAGGAGUACAUCUACGGAGCGCUCUCUCUCUAUAUUGACAUUGUUCACAUCUUCCUCUUCAUCCUUCAGGUCAGUGGCGCUGCUACUGAGUAA